AUGCCCAUCAAUAAUUCAUCAUCAUUAUCAAUUGAUCAAAAUAAUAGUUAUAAUAGUAAUAAUAAUAAUAAUCAGCAGCCGCUAAAAUCACCAAGAUCAAUUCAUCAACAUCAUUUAAAUAAUUUAACACCAACAAUUACAACAGAUCCAAAUGAAAUUAUACAAAUUAUAUCAAAUCAAGAAAAAAAAAAUUAUAGACUAGGAAUAAUUUUAUUAAUUAUAUCUAUAGGAUCAUGGAUAAGUGGUUUGGAAUUAGUUAAUGUAGUAUUAAAAAGUGAUGAAUAUAAAAAACCAGUUUUAUUUGCAAUUAUUACGGGGUCUUGUUUUAUGUUGAAUUUUUUACCUGAUUUAUUAUUAAUUUUCAAAAGGAGGAAGAAGAAGACAGCUACUCAACAACAACCACUGAAUAAUAAGAAGAAAGUAAAAGAAACUCAACCAUUACUAAUAAAUCCUCAUGAAAAUUUGGAGAAAUUAAUGGAUGAAAUUGAACCAAUGUCAUGGAAAGAAAUUAUAAUACUAGCUUUUCAAAUUGCUAUAAUUUAUUUUUUAUAUAAUUUAUUCGCAAUGGAAGCUUUACAAUUUACAUCAGCUUCAAAUCAAACAGUUAUUGGAUCAACAACUUCUGUAUUUACUUUAAUUAUUGGAAUAUUUUUAAAAACUGAAAAAUUUUCUAUAAAGAAAGCCAUUUGUGUUGUUGUGAGUUGUUUAGGUGUUAGUUUAGUUAAUUUAAGUUCAUCAUCAUCAAAAAGUAAUAAUGGAUAUAAAUAUGAACCUAAAAAUCCCAAACUUGGUAAUUUAUUAGCAUUAUUUGGUGCUUUAUUAUAUGCAUUCUAUUUAUUGAUAAUGAGAAUAAAAUGUGGGUCCGGUAAUAAAACUACUAAUGAAAGAAGAUUAUUCGGAUAUGUUGGUAUCAUAACAUUUAUAAUGGGUAUACCUUUAUUAUAUGUUUUAAAUUAUUUUAAUAUUGAAAAAUUUGAUUUCCCUCCACCUAAUAAUACUAUAUUGGCUAGUAUUUUGAUUAAUGGAACUUUUUCAGUUAUAUCUGAUUUUACUUCGAUAUUAGCAAUGUUAUUGACUAGUCCCCUUGUUGUUUCAUUGACAUUAACAAGUUCUAUCCCAAUAACAAUAUUCAUUGAUUAUAUGGUAUUAAUAUAUAAUCAUGAACCAAUCCAUACAAAUUUUAUAUACAUUUUGGGGAUAUUAUGCAUAGUUGUUGCAGUAUUAUUAGUAAAUAUAAAUAUAACAACAGAAAAUGAAUUAAUAGAAGAAGUUAUAGAAGAUGCAUUGGAGAAUGCAAUAAAUAAUGAUGAAAUAAUGUCACCAAUAUUAACACCAUAUUUAAUGUCAAAUAAUUUAAAUGGUAAUAGUAAUGGUUUAAAUCCAGUAAGAACAAAUCCACAACUGAUAAAAUCACCAAUAUCUAUAUUAUUCACACCAACACCAAAAUUAAAUUCAACAAAUUUAUACAAAUCAACAUCUAAUUUAAAAAUUCCUAUGAAAGUUACUGAUUUUAAUUUAAAUGAAAAUGAUGAAAGUCCUCCAACUCAUAAUUCAAAUCAUCAUCCUUCACUUUAUAAAAUUACUAAUGAUGAAGAUACUUCAAGUUCAAGAAAUAAUAGUCAAAGAGAUUUAACUAAGAAAAAUUUGGUGAUUUCUGGGGGUCAGCAUCAUAAAUAUUUUAUACAUCAUGAAGAAUAG